UAUUUUAAACAUCUUUUAAUAAUUCUACUAUGACCAAUAACGAGGCUGCUUCAUCAUCUGCUCCUACAUCGUCAAGCAAAAAGAAAUCCUCAACAUCCCAGCUAGAAAUCAAAGACAAAGUGCGAGUUUUGUGUUUACAUGGCUAUCGGCAAAAUGCCGAUAGUUUUAAAAGCAAAUUGGGAUCAUUUCGCAAACAUGUAAAUAAAUACGCCGAAUUUGUGUUUAUAGAUGCUCCCCACAAGGCUAAACCCAUGGAAGAGGGAGUAGAACCUCAGCCUGAUCAGUUGAGCUGGUGGUUUAAUAAAGAUGAUGGCUCCUUUAAGGGUACCAAUAGGAAUGGUCCGGCAUUUGGUUUUCAAGAAAGCUUGAAACUGGUAGAGGAUACUUGGAAGACUCAAGGCCCGUUUCAAGGUCUAUUGGGCUUCUCCCAAGGAGCCUGCUUUGUGGGCUUAUUAUGCGGUCUAGCUAGGAAGAAGUUGACAUCUAUACGCCCGGAAUUUGCCAUACUCUCGUCUGGCUUCCUAUCCGGUAGUUUAGUACAUAAAAGCGCUUACGAAGAAUCCAUUAUCAUUCCCACACUACAUGUCUAUGGUUUAUCCGAUGAAAUCAUACCCAAAGAAAUGAGCCAAGAGUUGGCCAAUCAUUUUAAAAAUGUCGAAGUCCUAGAACAUAAUGGCGGACAUUAUUUCCCAGCCACAUCCCAGCAAAAACAAACCUAUAUAAAUUUCUUUCAAGAUCGUUUGCAAGAGUAUUUGGAAAAUUUAGAAUUACAACAAACCUCAAAUGCAGCCUUUGUGGAGGAGCAACAAGGAGAAGAGGUGGAGGGUGAAAUACAAACAAUAUCCGAUGAUUCCGAGGACAGUGCAUGAAGAGAUCACGAAUUUUAUAAGUUUAUAAAAAUUAAUUUUAUUUUUUUUUGUAAUAUUUUGUUUUAUUCUUUUUUAAUUUUCAAUUAAUAAAAUUAAACCGAAACAUAAUUAUAAUUUAAAUUAAAUAGAAGAAAAUAAUAAAAAUUAAAAAAAGAAAAUAA